AGUCGAAACGUUUUCAAAAUGGCCACCAUUCUAUAUACCCAUUAGAUACAGGUUGCAGUAUUUUGAACAGUUGUUUUUAAUUUCUAACAGCGAAAUACAAUAAUUACCAAGUACUGUGAUAUAGCAAGUGACUGAAUGACGAAUUGUGAAAUUUAUUGAAGUGAUUGGGGGAGUAUUUUACUGUAUAGGGACUAAAUAGUAGACGAUCGCAUGGGGAUACCAAAAUGACGCAGUUUUUACCACCAAACUUGCUCGCAUUAUUCGCGGCAAGGGACCAGAUCCCUUAUCUACCGCCUGCAGCCAAGUUACCACAUGAGAAGAAACAAAAAGGCUACGAUGGAGUCGGCGCUUUUCUCAGUGUAUUUGAGCACCCGUCGGAGACGCCGCCGCCCACGCGGGUGGAGACGCGCGAGGAGCGGCUCGAGCGGCGGCGGCGCGAGCGCGCCGAGCAGACCGCCUACAAGCUGGAGCAGGAGAUCGCGCUGUGGGACCCCAGCAUCAACCCGAGGGCCACGGGGGAUCCCUUCAAAACGCUCUUCGUGGCUAGAGUGAACUAUGACACAUCUGAGUCGAAGCUCAGGAGAGAGUUUGAAGGAUAUGGACCAAUUAAAAAGAUAUACCUAGUGUAUAACAAGGAGAACGGCAAGCCGCGCGGCUACGCCUUCAUCGAGUACGAGCACGAGAGGGACAUGCACUGUGAGUACGCGCGCGCACACGCAUACAGACACGCACACACACACACACAUACAUACAUACAUACACCUUGUGUCCCCCCACUCUACAGCUACAUGUGUAGUGUCCCCCCCCUCUAUAGCUACGUGUGUAUAGGUGUGUGUGUGUGUGUCCCCGCUCACCUGUCGGCGGGCUCGUCCUCGCGCUUGUCGCGGUCGCGGCGGCGCGAGCGCGAGCCGGAGCGGCGCCGCGAGCGGGACCGCGAGCGCCUCCGCGCCGCGCCUGGCGGACAACGAGACAAUACGCAUCGUCAGCAAUGCCGACAAUGGACAAUAGAAUUAGAUCUAGUUAGUCUUAAGAGAACAGUCCGCCUCGGCAGCCAGCCCUUGACGGUGCGCGCGCGCUCCACGUCGACGAGCACGCGUUUGCCGUCGAUCUUCUUGCCGUCGGCGUGCUUGUACGCGGCUGCAAUGCGCGUGCGCACAUGUUACAUCCCGCUCGCCCGCGCGCCCCACGGGCGUGCCUCGCUCGUGUCGUGGCCGAAGGUCAAGCCGGAGGACAUCAAGAUCAAAGAGGAGCCGCAUGAUGACUAUCCCGAGUUCAGCCUACCGCCCCUGGACGUGCACAUCAAGCAAGAGCCGAGCGAAGACGAAAAUAAAUACAACCCAGAGGACGCCAAUGGCGAUGAUUAUAAUUAUUAGAUUUCCGAAAUAAAUACUUGAUGACUC